AUGCUCUUCUUCUUCCUCUGCACGGUGAGUUUGAAGGAUUGGAUCGAGAAAAACCCUAGCGUGCUUGGGGAUAAGGUCUUGGAAAAGUGGGGUACCAAUCUCCCUUUCCUCUUCAAGGUACUUUCUGUGGCAAAAGCGCUGUCAAUUCAGGCCCAUCCAGAUAAGGGUUUAGCUGAGAUCCUGCACAAGAAGCAGCCAGGUGAGUAUAAGGAUGAUAAUCACAAGCCUGAGAUGGCGUUGGCACUCACGGAGUUUGAGGCUUUGUGCGGGUUUGUCAGUCUCCAGGAACUCAAGACUGUCAUUCAGAGUGUACCAGAGAUUGUUGAAGUGGUUGGUAGUUCUUGUGCUGAUCAAGUGUUACAUACAACUCAAGAGGAUGGGGAGGAAAAAGUGAAAGACGUCUUGCGAUCCUUAUUUAAUCAUCUCAUGUCAGCUAGCAAGUCUCUGAUAUCUUACGUAACUUUGAAAUUGAUAAGUCGGUUGAGUUUAAAAGAACAGGAGGGGACCCUAACCGACAAGGAGCAACUUGUUUUGAGGCUUGAGAAGCAGUACCCAGGGGACAUUGGUCUAAUAGCCUCAUUUUUGUUUAAUUAUGUGAAGUUGAAGCCUGGUGAGGCUCUGUACUUGGGGGCUAAUGAACCUCAUGCAUAUCUACAAGGCGAGUGCGUAGAGUGCAUGGCAACUUCCGACAAUGUCGUUCGUGCUGGCCUCACUCCUAAGUUCCGUGAUGUUGAAACCCUUUGUUCCAUGCUCACAUACAAACAGGGUCCUCCGGAGAUACUCACUGGAAACCCUUCUUAUCCCUACACAGUGAAAUAUCUACCGCCUUUUGACGAAUUCGAGAUUGAGCUAUGCAACCUUCCUCAAGGAGCCUCCACUGUUUUCUCGCCUGUUCCGGGCCCUUCGAUUUUCAUUGUCCUGAGUGGCGAAGGCGCAGUGAGCUCGGCUUCUUCCAAGGGGUUGGCUGUUUCUGAAGGUGACGUGCUGUUUGCAUCUGCAAAUACUGAGAUAGCCACUGAAACUGUGAAAGAUUUCUCCACCUUAAUUGAGGCUGGCCAAUAUUCCGACAACAAUAUGAGUACUCCGGCAACCUCUUAUUCUCAAUUCACCCCUUCGGCCUCUCCCUCUGUGAAGGUCGACCCCGCUCUAUCCUUCUCUCACCUUACUCCAUCCUUGGCAGCCACUCGUCCUCCUCGUCGACCCCUCAAGCUUCACAACAAGACUAAAACCAAGGACGAUGAGAAAAAAAUCCCCCCUCGUCAGCAUAGACUCGACGAUGAGGAUCUGACUAGCAGGGUCAUGCAGUUGGUUGUCGAAGAGCCUGGCGCAGGGCUUGGCCACCAAGGUCACCCGUUCAACGGUCAUAUGAUCGAUUUGACCUUGGAGAUAUCUAAGAACGACUGCCAGCACAAAGACGAGCUAAAGGCCUUGGCAGAUGAGCUCGAAAAGGGAGAGAAAGGCAACGACGCAGGGUCGUAUAGAGUAUUGACAAUACUUCUUUACGUUGAAACUGGAGGUCUUUUCUCGUUGCCUAUUAGGAGCAGCUUGGAGAAGAUGAUAGCCUUGCCUCAGCCUCCUUUGGUGGUCCAACCGAUUACCCAUGUCACUCCUUGGGGAAUUCAAUUGAUCUUGGAUGAUGCAACUACUAAUCUCUUGAUCGAUCUUGUUGAGGCGUCGACCUCUAACCAUGCGGGUGCAGAGGCCAACUCAGCUAAUCCGACGAGCACUGAGGCUAACCCGGCAAACCCAGUUCAUCUAUCUUGA